GUUGUGCAGCACCUCCACUCGCCCUGAGCAGCUGUCGGGACCCCCCUGGAGUCGCACCGAGACCUCCGGGGGGGACGGGGACACACCUGGGACAGAUAAAGGGAACAGGCCACACCUGUGCCCACCCCAGCCCCCACUGGGAGCUCACCUGUGCCCAGGUGUGCAUGCCCGACAUGAGGCUCCUUUACCUUCAGAGCCACCUGGGCCUGCUCCUCUACCUGUCCCUGAGUGGUCUCGCCCUGGCCCCGCCCUCACCUGUCCCGCUACGCCUGGCGGGUGGCCCCGGGCCCUGCGCGGGGCGCGUGGAGGUGCUUCACCUGAGCAGGUGGGGGACACUCUGUGGCCACAUCUGGGGCCUGGCUGAGGCUGAGGUGGUCUGUCGCCAGGUGGGCUGCGGCCCCGCCCUGUCGGCGCUGGGUGAGGCCCAUUUCGGGCAGGGGGAGGGGCCAGUGUGGCUGGACCGGGUCACCUGCACGGGCACCGAGGGCCACCUGGGCGAGUGCCAGGUGGGGCGAUGGGGAGAGGCCAGGUGUGAGCACAGCGCCGACGUGGGCGUGGUCUGCGCAGGUGCAGAGGCGGUGCCGCGGCUGCAGGUGCGCCUGGCCAACGGCUCCAGCACCUGCGCGGGCCGGGUGGAGCUGUUCCAUGAGCACAAGUGGGGCACGGUCUGCGAUGACACCUGGGACCUGCAGGACGCGCAGGUGAUCUGCCGCCAGCUGGGCUGCGGCCACGCCCUGGCCGCGCCCGGCCAUGCCCACUUUGGCCAGGGGGCAGAUCCCAUCUGGCUGGAUGGUGCCCACUGCACAGGUAGGGAGCAGGAGCUGGCGCAGUGCCAGCUGCACACCUGGGGCGAGCACGACUGUGGCCAUGGCGAGGACGCGGGCGUGGUGUGCACAGGUGAGGUGUGGGUGAGCGCAGGUGAGGCUGGGGG